AUGUCAAAACAACCAAAACAACAAAGACAAAUUGGAUCAACAGUUCCACAAACAGACGCAAAGAAAGAAUAUAACGAUACGAUUAAAGAAUGUAAAAGAAUUCAAGAACAAGAUUUAAAAUCACUCGAUUGUAUAUUGGUAGAUAUAGUAGAGAUCAAUAGACUGGGACGAGAAACCCUUGAAAAGAUGGCACAACAAAACCACCAAUUACACAGAGUAUCCACUAAAAUAGAACAAGCAGAAGAUAAUGUAGACAAAGCCGAUAAAUUAAUUACCAGGCUAUCUAGAAGAUUAAGAUCAAUACUAAAAUAA